CGAGUGUUCCCCUGACAACGAUGGAAGAGCGCUUCCGCGUGGACUCGUCGGCGUCGUCCGAGUCGGCGGAGCAGACCAUGUACAUGGAGCGGCCCGAGCAGUGGGUCUGGUGCCCCGACGACGCCCUCGUCUGCGUGCCCGGCGUCAUCGUGGCCCAAGGCGCGGAGGCCAACACGCUCAUCGUGCACACGGAAGAUGGCGAGGAGCGGCAGCUCGAUAUUGACGAGGCCCUGCCCGUGUGCAUGGACCUCUCGCUGCGCGUCUCGGACGUCGCCGAGCUCUUCUUGCAGCGGCCUGAGACGCCGCCGGACCACGCCGAUGCGAUCUCUGCGCGCUUGCUUGGCAACCUCACGGGCCGCAACGAGACACAGGCGCAGGCGCUCGAGCACGCGCUCUUGUACACCCUUCGCACGCGGUACCGCGACGAGCAGAUCUACACCGAGUGUGGUGCGUCCGUCCUUCUGAGCAUGAACCCGAAGCGGCCCGUGCCACUGUACACGCCAGACCGUAUCCGCGCGUACCGCCACCGGCAGACGCUCCACGAGCUCCCGCCGCACCUCUUUGGCCUCGCGGAAGACGCGAUGCGUGCGCUGCACGAGUCGGGCGACGACCAGGCCAUCGUGCUGCUCGGCGAGAGCGGGUCGGGCAAGUCGGAAGCCGCCAAGCUCGUGUUGCAGUACCUCUGCCACCACGAGCAGUCGCGCGGUAGCAUUCGCACCAAGUCGCGCUCCAACGCGAGCGAAGGCAGCGCGAGCGCGUCGUCGUCGUCGUCGUCGAUCUCGGUGCACAUUCCCGUGGAAGAGCAGAUUCUGCAUGCGGUCGCGGUCCUCGAAGCGUUUGGGCAUGUGCAGUUGGCGUCCAAUGCGAACGCGUCCCGCGUCGUAAAGCUCACGUCGGUCGACUACGACUCGCACGGCCGCCUCCUCGCGGGGAGUGUGAGUACGUACGGCUUGGAGAAGGCGCGCGUCGUCCAAACCAAGGAGCGCAACUUUCACAUCUUUCACUACCUGCUCGCGGAGGCCAGUGUCAAUCCGACGCUCAGUGACAUUCUCGACCUGCAGGACACGGUGCUGGCAGCGACGUCGCCGUUUACGUUUGCAGCCGGCGACAUUCGCCCCAGCGACGCCAUCAAGUACCAGGAUGUCGUAUCGAGCCUUGCGGCGCUGCGCGUCCCGUCGCACCACGUGCAGAACAUGAUGAAGGUGCUUGCAGUGAUUCUGCAUCUCGGCAACGUCGUCUUUGUACCCUCGACGCCCCACGACACGUCCGAGAAUGCCAGCUGCGUCGUCCUCGAGUCGUCGAGCCCAAGCCUUAUCCGCGCCGCGAGUCUUCUCGAGGUCGAGGCAAGCGUCCUCGACCACUAUUUUCGAACGCGCAAGAUGGUCACGUCCAACCACCAAUCGUCGCUCAAGAUUGUGAGCGUGAGCCAAGCCGCGCGCGCCCGCGAUACGUUUUGUCGAAACUUGUACGAAGCGCUCUUCAAUGCCGUUGUGUUCCGUAUGAACGCCAGCCUUCGCUCCAAGGUCGAGCGCUACGAGAAGAGCAACAUUAUGGUCGAGAACCGCGGGAUCCACGUGCUCGAUGGCUUUGGCUUCGAGAUGGUCGCCGACCCGUCGUCGUCGUCGUCGUCGUCGUCGUCGCCGUCGUCUUUGAUCGACGAUACGAUGCUGCUCGUGCACGUCCAAGGCCUCGAGACGCUCCACGCCCACUACUGGGCCGAGAAGGCGCGGUCGUUCUACCUCUCGCGCGUGUUUGAAUCGCCGGCCUCGACGUCGCCUUUGGACCCGACCAAGUACGUCCGCCUCUACGAAGGGACGCCCGCCGGCAUCUACGUGGUGCUGAACGAGCACAUGGCGUCCAAGGCCAAGCAAGCCCAUGACGCGCACUUUGUUAAUAAGCUGCUCGUGGCCAACGAGAACAUUGGCAACCCGUCGCUGCAACCGGUCUUGCCGUCGUCGACCAACAAGAAGAACUACAAGCUGCAGUUUCUCGUGCACCACUCGGCGGGCUCGAUCAUCUACGAAGCCGACGACAUGGCGCGCCGCAACAACAAGAGCGUCUCGUCGACCGCCGCGGCGAUCCUCAAGUCGUCGCGCAACAGCUUUGUCAAAGGCCUCGUGGACCGGUAUGGGAAUUCGCCGACGCACGCCGCCGCCGCGAGCGCGUCGGCCGGCCAUGUCCGCAUCGCGGUCAAUUUCAAUGCGAUCAAGGCGAACCAACCGGAUACAAACUCGGUUGCAACCGACCUGAUGCAGCAAGCGACCGCGCUCUUUGAUGGGCUCUCGAGCAUGGGCCAGCACUUUGUCGUGUGUGUGAACCCGGCGCAGUCGGCCGCGAUCGAGGUCGACGCCCGGUAUGUGCUCCGGCAGCUGCGGUCGUUCCAGGUCCUCGCGCUCAUGCAUGCGUCGCAGCGGAAUCUCUCGGUGCAAAUGACGCCGCCGCACUUUUUCGCCCGGUACCGGCACCUCUGCGGCCACCGGAAUACGCUCGAGUCGCUCGUUCGGUCGCUCACGGCGAUCGGUGUCCUCGAAGACCUCACGUGGCGCAUCGACAACAACCAAGUGUGGCUCACGCUGCACCAGCGCAAGAAGCUCGAGAAGGUGCGCGAAGUGUGCCUCAACGCCAACGCGACGAUGCUCCAGCGCAAUCUGCAGCGCGGUGUGUACCGCAAGCUCUGUUUGCGUCGCCGGUCGGGCCUUUUGAGCUUGCGCGACGCGAUGGCGGCGCGCGACCGGCAUGGCAUUCAGCAGAGUCUGGCGUUUGCAAAAACGUGGGUGGAAGCGACUGCGCAGGUCCGGAUUCUUGUGGCAGCCACGGCCAUGUUGCACCAGAUUGAGGAAGAGUCGUACCUUGUGUCGCUCUUGGAGGACGCGCUGCGCAUGGACGUCAAGAUUGUGCUUCAGUUUGCGCUGCACACGGUGGCGACGCUCAGUCCAUCGUGGAAACCCGAGAUGCUCAAGACGGCCCAUGCGCGUCUGCGUCACAAGACGGCCAUGGACAAUGCGAUGACGGCGCUCCGACAAGCCAUGCUGUCGUCGACGGCCGACCCGUCCCGCCUCAUGGCACUGCUCUCGGAGCAAGAAGGCCGGGGCUCGGACGAGCGCCAGCUGGCGACGAUGGUCAUGAUCCGCGCGCUCGAGACGAAGAAGGUCAAGGACGCCGUGCUGCCGGCCAAAGGGUCGAGUGCCACCGCGGCCGAGUGGAACCAAUGCAUUGCGCGCGCGAUCGAGUUUGGCUUGGGCGACGACCUCUUGGACAUGAUGGCUGCAUCCUGGGACGCCUGGGCGUGUCUCCGUGAGCAAGGGUCACGCGGCGACGUCACUGCCGUCGAGGCCGUCCUCGAAAAGGCCGUCGCCAAGGAGUCGGUCACGACGAUCGAUGCGUGCAUGGGCAUUUUGAAAGAAGCCGGUUGUCCGCCAUCGCCGCUUCUGGACGCGGCGGCGCAGCUUUUGGAGAAGGUGAUUCUCAAGCCAAGUCUGGAGCGGUCCCAAGCCAUCGAGCUCAUCGACUUUGCGAUUGAAGCCGGGCAUUUGAAGCUCUUGGCGGCGGCGCUCAAGCGCUGCAAGGCCGUGGGCAUGGCGUCCUGGGACGCCAACGUCAAACGGGCGACGCAGGCGCACGCUGCGUUGGCGACGACGGCAUCGGCACCGAACGACGACGACGCGUGGCGACGUCUUGUGGCCAAGGACUUCGACGGCGUUCGAGCGUCGCCCGACUCGCCCGCGCAUGCGAUCGUGUCGGCCUUGGACGCGCGGGCAGCGGCCAUCGCCGCCCUCCACGACCUCCCGGCCGAGACGCAGCUGGAGCGUGCGGCACAGCUGGGCGUGCUGCCGCAGUUUGCCUCGGUCGCCAAAGAUUUCUUCCAGCGCCUCGACGCCGCGCGCAAUGUGGAAGCGCUCCUGCACUGGACAACGUUCCUCGCGUUUCGCUUGGACCAUGGCCACGAAGUGCGGCAAGACAUGCUGACGCUGCUUGCGUCCCAGACACAGCUCGUGACGAGCCUCGGGGCAAAUAACGCGCACGCCGCACUGGACGCCGCUGCCUCGAUCACCAAGCGGCUUCAACGCGCGCUCACCAACCGGUCGAAACUGGAAAAGCUCUUGAAGGCGCCGGUGAACGCCCGUGCGCUGGCCAAAGGCAUUGACGAAGCGUCGGACGCUGGCGUCGACGCCGCGCUCUUGUCGGCGGCCCACGACGUGCUCCGAAAGCUCUCGGUGGCCGCGGCCGACGAGACGAUCGACGAGACGCCGUCAUCCUCGAUCGUCGACGCGUCGCAUGGCAUCGCGCCCCUCGAGAUGGCACUGUACCCCGGUCUUCGCGUGCGUCGCGACGAGAACCCGCCGCCGUUCGUGUGGGAGUACCGUGUGUUGGACCAACCGGUGCUUUCGGGUGUCCCGGCGCACCACAGCGUGUACAUCCACCGGUGCAUUCUUGGCUACAUGCGCGACCGCGUCAUGUCGUUCCGGGAAAUGCUCGCGCAGAGCAUUCUCCAAGUGGGUUUGGCGCACCAGUACCUCGUCGACGAGAUUUUCGCGCAGUUGGUCAAGCAACUGAGUAACAACCCGCGGCGGGAGAGCGUGCGGCGCGGCUGGGACCUCCUCGGUCUCUGCUUGACGUGCUUUCGACCGUCGUCGAGUCUGCACCCGUACCUCGUGGCGUUCUUGUCCAAGGACAACGUCUCGUCGACGACGAGUCGGCGUCGGCUCGAGACGACGACGACCGACAGCGACGACGACCACGACGUCGACGACGAGCCGAGUGAGGUCCACGACAACGAGACGCCUCUUGACCAACGUCUGGCGCUCCUGAAGGCCCGCGGCGUCGCCCAGUACUGCCUCGCUCGCCUCGAAGGCGACAGCGCGGCCGAAGGGUUUCUCCCGAGUCUCGGCGAGCUCCAGGCGUUCGAGCUGCGAUCGCCGUUUGUCGCAAGCAUCGAGCUUCUCGACGGCACGCUGCUCACAACCAACUUUCCCGUCUCGCCCGAGCUCAGCGUCAUGAACGUGGUCCAAGUCUGCGCCCAUUUUUGCACUUGAGCGAAGACGUCGCGCGCUUGCUGGGAUUGGCGCUCUUGUCGGAUGACGCGCCGACCGCGACGUGGUGCCAUCCAUUGGCGUACCUCUGCGAUAUCUACUACGAUCCGCUGCGGCACCGCCGCCGGACAGCAUCCCGACUGCGGUUUGUGUUGAAGGUGCGGCUCUUGCCGCCGCUUUUAUCGGUGGAAGACGAUCUCUUCCGCCGGCUCUUGUACCUUCAAGCCAUGGACGACAUUGUGACGCUGCCGUACGCGCAUGCCGAGACGCUGGUGCGCCUCGCCGCGUACGCCAUGCUCAUCGAUACGUACCCGGACCUGAUGCCCUCGAGCGAAGACGAGGUGCUCGAUAUGAACGUGUACGACUACCUCCCGCCGGCAUGGCACGUGGAGAAGACCGAGGACGAGUGGGCCGAGCUCAUUUUCGCGCAGCUUUCGCGCUUCGCGUCCGAGAUGAGCUUUGCCGAGUGGCAGACCCGGUUCAUGGACGAAGUCCAGCAACACCGUUUGUAUGGCAGUCACUUUUUCAGCAUCGAUCGCGUCGGUCGCAGCAGCAGCAGUGCGCUCACCAACGUGUUUGAUCUCGUUGGUGACGCCUCGUGCCGACUCGCCGUCAACGGCCACGGCAUCCAUUUCCUCAAGGCCGAGACGGUCGUCAUGAGCUGGGAACACGCCGAUGUCGCGAGCGUCGGCGGCAACGGCGACAAGAUUAUCGUGCAAACAACCCAAGCGGUCCUUCUGGGCACGUGCGCAGAGGCGGACGCGCUGCGCCAGCUCCUCCACGACUAUGCGCGGUGGCACGCCAAGCCAACGCUGCGGCGUGCGUCGAGCCGCGUCCCGUACCUCGGCGCGUAGACAUGGGCGGUCUGUAGAGUGUAAGCUGUGUGUUGUACCAAUUCGAUGCAAUCAUCCACCCA